AGCUCAGCCAUACCAGGACAAACCACAGCUAAGAUGCUGCGAAUCUUCUGUUUUCCCCACACCACACCUCACUGCAAACUUAUAUAUAAACCCACCAAACCCAACCAGUAAGUUAAUUGGUAUCGUCAAAAGGGAGCAAUGGCAGCCACUAGACUAUUGCGCACGUUUAAGCCUAUGACUAUUCAUUCUUCUUCUUCUUCUUCUUUUUUGCCGCCGAAGACGCUGCGGUGUUCGAGCAAGGCUGGAAGCUUAAGCGGAGAGAAGAGACUUGGUGGGAAGAAUGAUAAUCACGAGAGAAAGCAAAUGAUGGUUGUCAAGGCCUCAAUGGCCACUUCAGACACAAUGAGCAUCACUUUGAAGCCACAAGUGAAUCGGGGUAGGCUCGCAGAAUUGGUUUCCCUGCUUAUAAAGACUAACCGUGCUUUGCUCAUUCUUUUGAGAACGGCCCUCAAGCCAAAACCUUCGAGACAGCAGGUCCAGAUGUUCAUUGAAAGGGGGAUAAUAGACUGUCGAUUCUUUACAUUACUUGCAGUUUCGGGAUCCUUACUUGGCUCAGUUUUGUGCUUUGUAGAGGGUUGUUUUAUGGUUCUAGAGUCAUAUUUCCAGUAUUUCCAUGCCUUGUCACACAAGACGGAUCAAGGACAUAUGGUGCAUCUACUUAUUGAAGCCAUUGGUAACUGCUCUCGCUCUCUCAGCUCUCUCAGCUCUCUCUCAGCUCACUAUAUCUACCCUACCCUAACCUACCCAAAAACUAAUAAUUCAUGUUUUUUCAUUCUUUCUACAGACAUGUUCCUGGUAGGAACCGCCAUGCUUAUUUUCGGGGUUGGGUUGUACGCCAUGUUCGUGGGAUCAAAGGCCGUGAAAGAAAAAGGACCGAGGUUUUCAGAGUCAAACUUUUUCGGUCUCUUCUAUAUGAAGGCACCUCCAGCCUGGGUUGACAUGAAAUCGGUUUCGCAAGCAAAGUCGAAAAUAGGGCAUGCAGUGGUGAUGAUACUUCAAGUGGGAUUGUUGGACAAGUUCAAGAGUAUACCUCUGGUUACUCCACUGGAUCUCGCUUGCUUUGCUGGAGCUGUGCUUCUUUCCUCUGCUGGUACCUUCAUCCUCGCCAGACUCUCCACCACCUCCGGGGCUUUUGCUGGUGUACAACAUGGAACAUAGAUCAUACAACUAACUCAUCAAAAUUAAUGCUCAAAAGUUCAUCAUAACAGUCAACAUACGGUCCAGUUGGUUUAUAUUAAAUUCAUUUAUAACCCAUUCUUUUUGUAGUAUACACCUACUCAAUACCAAUACCUACGUAGCGUAGUCAAGUCAGAUCAUUAUAUACUUCACUCAAAGGGAAGAAUGCCUUAAAUCCCUCUCUAUACUAUAGAUGUUGUAAUCCAACCACGAUUAAAGUACAAGGUUGAUGGUUAUACAAGUAUUCAUUUAUUAUUCAUUUGUCAAUCUUCCCUUGUUCGGAUCAAUUGUACUUUGAUUCUUUACAUAUAUAAAUAUCGGACUAGCCUAGGUACUUUGAUAGCUCAGAAAAAAAUUGUUGUUCUAGGAACGAAAAAAGAUUUACAGAAACUGAAAAGAGAACAACGUUAAGAGCUAAACUUGGAGAACAGAGUGCACCUCCUGUUUCAUUUUUGGAGAGCAAUAUCUGCCCAGAAAAGAAAAUGGAACUCACAUUCGAUUCGAGUUUAUAAGGCGGGAUUUCCUCGCUCGUUUCACCUACGAUGCUUUACAUUUCUACAUUUAAAUCCUUGGUCAUUGGUGUGCAAUUUAAAUCUUCAUUUUUUCAUC